AAUGUGUUGUUUUUUUAAGUUUAUAUUUCGGAGCAUUUAGAGAUUUAAAAAAGAUAGAGUUGUGUGACCUAGGUGGCGUUGACUCUUACACUUAUAUAAGUCCCUGAGGAGCAAAACUGAUUUGGUUGUUUCUCUUUUUCUGAAACACUGACAGAGCCCCUUUUACAGAGAAAAGAGCAAUGGCAGGUGGCGGGGUGACAGAUGCAGGACCAGGGAAAAGGGCUCAUCUUUAUGAACACAAUUUCACUUACUAUUUCGCCUUCACAUGUGUUGUUGGAGCUCUUGGUGGUUCUCUUUUUGGCUAUGAUCUCGGUGUUUCAGGUGGUGUGACUUCAAUGGAUGAUUUCCUGAAGGAGUUCUUCCCAGAAGUGUACAGAAGGAAGCACAUGCAUCUGAAAGAGACAGAUUACUGUAAAUAUGACAACCAAGUCCUGACACUGUUCACAUCAUCUCUCUACUUCUCUGCAUUGAUCAUGACAUUCUUUGCUUCUUACUUAACAAGAAAGAAGGGAAGAAAGGCCAGUAUCAUAGUGGGAGCCCUUAGCUUCUUGGCCGGGGCAAUCCUCAAUGCAGCAGCACAGAACAUUGCUAUGCUAAUCAUUGGAAGGGUCCUUCUUGGUGGUGGCAUUGGGUUUGGCAACCAAGCUGUUCCCUUGUAUCUUUCGGAAAUGGCUCCAGCUAAGAACCGAGGAGCAGUGAACCAACUGUUUCAGUUCACAACCUGUGCUGGAAUCUUAAUUGCAAACAUAGUGAAUUACUUUACUGACAAAGUCCAUCCCCAUGGAUGGAGGAUAUCGUUGGGUUUGGCAGCUGUUCCAGCAAUUCUGAUGCUUAUUGGAGGUCUUUUGUGUGCUGAGACACCUAACAGUCUUGUAGAACAAGGUAAGUUGGAUGAAGCAAGAAAAGUAUUGGAGAGAGUUAGAGGUACCAAGAACGUUGAUGCUGAAUUUGAAGAUCUCAAGGAAGCAAGUGAAGAAGCGCAAGCGGUGAAGAGCCCAUUCAAGACACUCCUGAAGAGGAAGUAUAGGCCUCAACUGAUAAUAGGUGCUUUAGGGAUUCCAGCAUUCCAGCAGCUAACUGGCAAUAACUCCAUUCUCUUCUAUGCACCUGUCAUUUUCCAGAGCUUGGGGUUUGGUGCUAAUGCUUCUUUGUUUUCAUCGUUUAUUACCAAUGGGGCUCUCCUUGUUGCCACUGUGAUCUCAAUGUUUUUGGUUGACAAGUUUGGUAGAAGAGCAUUCUUUCUGGAAGCUGGUUUUGAAAUGAUAUGCUGCAUGGUAACUACUUUUUAUGCUAUUAUUGUCCUUGAGUUUCAUGGAACAUACAAUGCUAACUAUUGCUUAUUGGACUUUUUGAUUGAUUUGCAGAUUGCAACGGGUGUGGUUUUGGCUGUGGAUUUUGGACAUGGCAAAGAACUUUCAAAAGGCAUCAGUGUCUUCCUUGUUAUAGUGAUUUUCUUGUUUGUUUUAGCAUACGGAAGAUCUUGGGGACCCCUUGGGUGGUUGGUUCCCAGUGAGCUCUUCCCAUUAGAGAUAAGGUCAUCUGCACAGAGUGUUGUGGUGUGUGUCAACAUGAUCUUCACGGCCCUCGUUGCACAACUGUUCCUCAUGUCACUUUGCCACCUCAGAUAUGGGAUCUUCUUACUGUUUGCGGGCUUAAUUAUCAUCAUGAGUUGCUUUAUCCUCUUCCUAUUGCCGGAAACCAAACAAGUUCCAAUUGAGGAGAUUUACCUUCUUUUUGAAAACCAUUGGUUCUGGAAGAAUAUCAUAAGAGAGGGAGUGAAACGAGACCUAGAGACAUCAAACGGGAAGCCGGCAGCUACUGUUUAAAAUCCUCAACAAAAUAGAAUGAACAAUUCUUCUAGGUUUCUUUUGCUUUUCUUUUUAUUGGGGGAGGGGGUUCAAUUGUUUCUUGCUUGCAUUGUCAAAAAAAAUAAUUUGGAUUGUAACAUUUCUUUUAAGGUAGAAUAAAAUGGAACGAUAUUAGUU